AUGGCGGAGGCCAAUCCUUUUAGGGGACUGCCCCGUUUGCGGAGGGCCGCGAUGUCCUUCCCGGGGAAUCUCCACCUGGUGUUGGUUCUGCGGCCCACCAGCCUCCUGCAGAGUCCCUCAGGCACCGGCACUGACUUGGGCUUCCGCUUCAGCCAGGAGGACUUCAUGCUCAAGAUGCCGGUGGUUAUGCUCAGUUCAGUGACGGACCUGCUUCGCUACAUCGAUGAGAACCAGCUGACCUCAGAGUUUGGUGGAACUCUGGAGUACUGCCACAGUGACUGGGUUGUCCUUCGUACGGCUAUUGAGAGCUUUGCCGUGACUGUGAAGGAGAUAGCCCAGUUGCUGCAGUCGUUCGGCACCGAGCUCGCCGAGACCGAGCUUCCAGAUGAGGCCGACGACAUCGAAUUCCUCCUCAGAUCCCACACUGACAAAUACAGGCAGCUGAAAGAUGACAUCAGGUCAGUGAUGCGGGAGGGCCGUCACUUGCUCUCCAACCUGGAAGCCGCCAAGGCAGCUAAAGCUGAUGGUCAGGAGGACAAAGAUAUCAAACAGGACUGGGACACGGUGCAGAGGCUUCUGGCCCAACUACGGGACAUGGAGAUGGCUUUUGAUGGCUUUUUUGAGAAGCAUCACCUGAAACUGCAGCAGUACCUUCAGCUGAUGAGAUACGAGAUGAGCUUUCAUGAGGUACAGACAAUCCUGGACCGGCUGUCUGGUCAGGAGAAGGAGGUCGCUGCAGUGGGCGGGACUGUGGUCCAGACAGAACAGCUAUUAAAAGAUCUGGAGUCACUGGACACCCGCGCACAGGAAGAGAUGGGCCGCGCCCAGAUAAUCAUCCUGCGCGGCCACCAGCUGGCCACCGGUCACCACUACGCUCUGGCCCUGAUCGUCCAGCGGUGCAACGAGCUGCGGCACCACUGUGACGUGCUGACCACCGCUAUCCGAGCCAAACGGGCUGCCCUCACCCGCAUACGUGACCUGCUGCUGCGUCUGGAAGAGGCCCGGCGCUGGUGUGACGAGGGGGCUUACCUCUUAGCCAAUCAGCUGGUGGAUAAGUUCCAGUCCAAGGAGGGAGCUCAGGGAGCGCUGCAGGAUAUAGAGAGACUCCAGGAGGAGACACCGUUGUGUCUGAGCCAAAGCCCUGAUGUCCUCAGUCUGGAGUUCGAGGCCAUCCUGACCCCUCAGCUAGAGUCUCAGAUUGGGGUGGCCACUGAGAAGCUGUCUGCCAUGCAGAGAAUGAUCCACAACAGACAGGCAUGUCUGAGGAAGCUGGCUGACAUUCAGGUGCGGCCCAUCCAGCUGGUGGCCCCUCGGCCUGAACACUCUCCCCGGUGCAAAUCCCCUCUCUUCUCCCCCAAACACAGUGUAGAUUUCAACUCGGUUCUCAACUCAAGGUUCUCUUUUGACCUCUUACCUGGCAAGAGGGCAGCUCGGAAAAGCCCUAGAAAGAUAGAGGUGAUGCAUGACUAUGAGGAGAAUCGCAACUCUCUCUCCUAUGGCCAGGAGGGAGAGGAGAGCCCAGACCAGCUGAAACGACACAUAAUCAAAGAGCUUAUUGAGACAGAGAGGAUCUAUGUAGAGGAGCUGCUCUCUGUCUUGCUGGGUUACAGGGCAGAGAUGGAUAACCCCGCCCUCUCCCACCUACUGCCCUCUGUCCUGCGCAGCAAGAAGGAGGUCCUGUUUGGGAAUAUGCCAGAGAUCUACAAAUUCCAUAGCAGGACCUUCCUCCAGGACUUGGAGGGGUGCCUGGAGACUCCCGAGAGGGUUGGAGCCUGCUUUCUACGACGGAAAGAAAAGUUCCAGGUGUACGAGCGUUACUGUCAGAACAAACCGCACUCCGAGUUGCUAUGGAGACAGUGCUCUGCUUCCCUCUUCUUCCAGGCGUGUCAGAAGAAGCUGGAGCACAAGCUGGGGUUAGACUCGUACCUCCUAAAGCCUGUCCAGAGACUGACCAAGUACCAGCUGCUGCUCAAGGAGCUGUUGAAGCACAGCGCAGACAGUGAUUAUAUCUCUGAGCUGCAGGGGGCACUAGAGUCCAUGCUGGAUCUUCUCAAGUCUGUCAACGACUCCAUGCACCAGAUCGCCAUCACAGGUUAUGAGGGGGAGCUGAGUGACCUGGGUCGGGUGCUGAUGCAGGGCUCCUUCAGUGUGUGGAUCAGCCAUAAGAGGGGCCCGACGAGGAUGAAGGCCCGUUUCAAACCCAUGCAGAGGCAUCUCUUCCUGCAUGAGCACGCUCUGCUCUUCUGCAAGCGCCGUGAGGAGCAUGGGGAGGGCCACGACCGCACCCCCUUCUAUAGCUUCAAGCACUGCCUGAGGAUGAGUGCUGUUGGCAUCACUGAGAAUGUCAAAGGCGACGUGAAGAAGUUUGAGCUCUGGUACAGUGGCAGAGAGGAGGUGUAUGUUGUUCAGGCCCCUACGUUCCAGAUCAAGAUCGCCUGGCUCACCGAGAUCAGGAAAAUUCUCACCAACCAACAGAGGCUCCUCCAAGGUUUCUACUUUGCGUCUACUUGUCUGUCAGCUUCCAUGUUGGAAGACAUUCCCCCUAUUCAACUCUCAGAGCAGACUCCUCUGUCUCCUCCCUCUACUGACAGUAAGCCUCUAGACCAGUCCCUCAGCACGGAGGAGGCCGAGUCGUCGGGCCGCACCAGCCCCGUCCUCACAGACCCCGUGGUCUUCUCCCCCCAGCCCCAGCACAACAAUCGACGCAGUUGGCCUGGCACCUCCCAUUCAGUGGACAUCUGUGAGGGUCCGGAGGACUGGAGCACCACUGACUUGUCCAACCUGUCAGACUCUGACGAGGAGGACGACCCUACUCCACUGGUUCCUGGGAGGUACAGGGCCCUGGUGGAAAGUAGUGUGUGCAGUACAGAUGACCUCAUCAUUAAGUGCGGCGAUGUCAUCCAGCUGCUGGAUCAGGACACUGUAGGGAAGUGGCUCGUGAGGAAUGUCAGUCGUUGUGAUGAGGGUCGGGUCUCAGCUGAUAACCUGCACAGGAUUCUGGGAGAGAGUGGCCGUGCCCACUCAGGCAGGAUGGAAGGUGAGGGGCUCCCCGUGGAGCAAUAG